AUGGGGCAGGAAAUCUCCUCGCGCGCCUCUUCGCGGACCUCCUGUGGCAGCAGGGGACCGCAGGAGCGAAGCGCGUCCCGCAGAUCCAGCAACGUCUCACAGACGGUGUACACCAACCAGGUGGCCGGAGCUGGGGGUCCCUUCUAUAACCCACAAGACCUGGAGGCGCAGGGACGAAGCAACUCCCGGCGCAGCAGCAACGCCUCGGUGGGAGGUCCUUUCUACAACCCACAGGACAUACAGGCUCAGGGCCGAAGCAGCUCCCGGCGGAGCAGCGCAUCGCAGGUUCCAGCGGGUGGACCUUUCUACACGCCGCAGGAUAUCGCCGGGUCACCAGGUAGCAGGAGAAAUAGCGAAGCGGGCCAAGAGGGGAGCACCUGGGCGCACAAAGUGCCUGGUGACGAUCGGGACUUGGCACCUUCCAGCAGUAAGCUUUCUGUGCAGUCGGGCCGUCGUAUGAGCAAUACCAGUGGCGAUGCUUCUCCGGGUGGUGGAGGCUCUGGCGGCGAAUCGCCUGAGCGGAGAAACGUCUCCAACCAGCCGCGGAGCACCACGCAUGGCACGCACCUGUCCACGGCGGAUGCGCGGUGCCAUGGCAAAAAUGGGGAGUUUAGGGAAGAGAAAAGAGAGAGAAAUGGGUGA